UACAGCAAGAUAGCUGUGUGAGUUUUUAGUAGCUUAACAACCAGGCGAAUUAUCGUUCAGUUGAGUUUAGUCGUCGCGCGUUGCCAGUUGUUGCCGAGUCGUUAAACUGGUGGCUGGCUGCAUCUCCUCGCAAGUCAGGUGGAGGGCGGACUAGGAGGAGGACUGGAUGCCUUGUUUUUUUUAAAUGGAUAGGGAUUGUGUCCGGCCUCAUUUGGUUCGGCCAGAUUAAUUUUUUGAUUCUCGUCGCAUCUUAACAUGGGACCAUCCAAUGGAGAAAUUUUAACAGUGAUGCAAUGAAAUAGGAGCUGUUAGUUCCUGUAUCUGAGUGGGAUUAUAUCACUUCCCGGACUAUCCUAUCCAUUUCAAGGAGUAAAUAUCCAUUGGCAAUGUCCAGGAAUAAAGAAUGCAGUUGACUGAGGGAUGACUGGGAUGGCCAAGGUACAGAUCUUUCGAAAAAUUCGCCGCCAUUGAUGGCUCCAAUUGCAGGCCCAGCUACGCUCACACUAAUGGUUUUGCUAAUGAAUAUUGGUCAGUCAGACAACCCACGAGCGAUGAGUGUAAAAGAGGGAAUUGCGCUGUCUGAUGAGAAGAAACUUAUCAAACAUCUGCUGGGAAACUAUACCGAAGUCGGUGUGGUUGGCCGGCCUGUAUACAACACAACCGACAAAAUAUCUGUCUCCUACGGAUUGGCCCUCAUACAAAUCCUGGAUUUAGACGAGAAAAAUCAAGUCCUUACCACAAACUGCUGGAGUAGAUAUUCUUGGACAGAUAUCCUAUUAAAAUGGGAUCCAGAAGAAUACGGAGGAGUCGACCAUGUCAGAGUCCCGAUAAACGAUAUAUGGAUUCCAGAUAUCGUUUUAUACAAUUAUGCCGACACGCGGCUGGAGGAAAAACGCGAAGUAAUGGCUGUGGUACAACAUACCGGGGGUGUCCUAUGGAUUCCUCCCGCCAUAUACAAAAGCUCCUGCAAAAUAGACAUUACACACUUCCCGUUCGACAAACAAUCAUGCCUGCUAAAAUUCGGUUCGUGGACUUAUGACGGCUUCAAAUUGGAUAUAGACUUUUUCGAUGGGAAAGCUAUGGUGGAUCUUAGUGAUUAUGUGGAGAGUAACGAGUGGACAGUGUUGGGUGCACCGGCCAAGAAGAAUAUAAAGAAAUAUCCAUGUUGCGAUGAACCGUAUCCAGAUUUGACUUUCACUGUCAAUAUGAAGCGGCAGCCAGCUUUCUACAACUACAUUUUGAUAUUACCAUGUGUUCUUUUAUCCUCACUAACGUUGGUGCUCUUCUGGUUGCCGCCGGAAUCGCCUGCAAAAAUGGUCCUAGGGAUGAAUAUUUUUGUGGCCUUCUUUUUAUUACUACUUUUGUUGGCUGAUGUGACGCCACCCGCCGCUACCGAAAUACCCCAAAUAGGUGCAUAUUAUUGUCUGAACAUGGCAAUGAUUACAUUGUCAACCUUCCUCUCUGUCAUUGUCAUCAAUCUAUACUUCCGUGGCGAUAAACGAAAUAGAGUGCCGGCUUGGCUAAAAAGGAUAUUCCUCGACUUUUUUGCUCGGUUAUUUUGUAUGCGAAGUGACAUGCCUCCAAAAGAACAUGAUCGUAACCAUGCAAGAAUGGAACAGGUCAGGGGUGACGGGAAAGGAAAAUCUCAUAAAAAGAUUAAGUGCCCCGAACUUAAGUAUAAUAAAUUUCAAAUGUACGAUGUGUUUAGAGACGGAGCACAGGCUAGAAAUCAUACGGAGUCAACCUCUCCGGAUAAGUCGCCAAUUCAUUUGAGCCACUCCUUAGAGAGUGACGUCAAAGAGAUUCGGAGGCAGCUACGCACAAUGCUGAACCGGGUGCAUGAUAAAGACGCUGUGCAAAAAAUAGCUCAGGAGUGGCGAACUGUGGCCCUUGUUCUAGACCGAAUGUUCUUUUUUUGUUAUCUGACUGCCACAGUUGUGUCGCUUGCUACAAUAUUCCCACGAACUAGCUGACAUGGCAACGUCAAGACAAAGCGUGAUAAACUGAUAACACUAUUUUGUGGUAGCAUUGCUACCUCGAGGGGUUUUUACAUUAUCUGGUACGUUUGCGUGUUUAACGCACGUGCUCGCCCGGACCUGUAGAUCUGUGAUCCAUCUGCGAAUCUGACGGAAUAUAAUGCGUUUCUACCGCUAUAUUUGAGUGUGCAAGUGACAGUCAUGAUUGAGAGACGGUGUUAUUGCGCAUGUCUGAACACGUGACCUUGACGUAACAAGCUGCUGACGACGUAUAAGAUUAUUAAUUACCAAUCGCGACGUAUUUUCAUGUGCGGGUUUUUCUUUAAAGUAGGCCUAAUUUCGCGACUGUUCAUCCAACCUGUGUAAAUACAUGUACAAUACAACUUUGUAGGCGGACAUCAUACCACUGAUCAAUUGUUUUGGCCUAGUCAAAUUAUGGUAGAAUAUUUAGUUGCUUGUCAGUUAGACUCGUGAGUCAUGCAUCUCCUCUGGUCAGGGAUGAGGUAUUCCAUGCCUGACACAAGCUUGCAGUUGGGGGAGCGAGCGGAGGGGCCGGGCGGGUGGUUAUAUAUAGCAGUUUAACGACCAGUCUUCUUUUUCACAAACAGCACAGUCACUGGUGCAUAUUAAUCAACAUGCUGCACAAAAUGAUUGGCUCCAAAACAUUAUUGAUAAGCCGGAUAAUGCCAGCCUGUGUCAUAUAAGUAGUAUACACAUUCAAAACUAAUAAGUCAGUUGGGUUUGAAUAUCUUCAACACUGCAUUAUACCAUCACUGCAUGGCCACCUUUAACGGAAUAUAGCAUCCAGUCUAUGACCAUCGAAUAGGACCUUUAUGUCACUUGUCACAUUCCCAAAUCAAGCUGUAUAAGGUCACUUUGCUUCUGCUUAACAAAAUCUAUAACCAGCUGAAAAGGCAGAAUAAGCAGAUAUCUCAACGGUGUAAAAUGUAAUGACCCCAUCACAAAAUAAUUAGAAACAUCGUUGGAUACUAUCAACUAACUUGGUGUCCACGACCAAUACCGUUUUUGAUCGGUUUGGCUGCUUCCAUCCAAGAAUAUGAAAGAAUGUCAAUAUUGAGAGAGUGAAAUUCUGCGCUUCCAUAAUCCUUGACGUUACUCGUAGUUAGAUAUUCAUAACUAGUUUUGAUGCCAGCAAUAGGGUUGUAUAUAUUAUUUUAUGCAAACCAUUAAACGGUGAAUGAUUAAGAUAUAUAUCAUUGGAUGUUACGUCACACAACAAUCACAACCAAACAACGUGUAGGCAUAUAGUCCGCAAGUUAACUGUAGCCAUUACAAACUCGUUCACUACAUACCGUACGUGUAUCUUGAAACUUGUAGAAUUCGUGUUUAGUGUCUAGUACCAAUAUUGUAGUAUAGUUCACCUAGGUUCAGACAGUAGUGGUAUCCCAUUAUAUAUAUAUACGAGAAAUGUACAUAAUGUACAAAGAACUGACUGUCAACUUAUCCCGAAGCAAAUUUGGUACGAGUUGGGUCCUUUACUCAAUACGCACCCGUCAAUUGAAUAUGUAUAGACACAUAUGUAUAAACUGGCCAGGUUUAACAACUGGUAAUUGUCUUGUUGCAGAAAACGGAACGACUUUCACGUGAUGUUGGUUUUAACUAUAGUCACAAAUUGUGUCAUAAAUCAGAUGUGUAUUUGUUCUGAAUCGUCAGUUAACCUUCAAAUACAACCAAAACUUUUCAACUGAUGAAAUGCAUGAGAUCAUUAUUUUAUGUUUUCUACAUUAAAUUGUCCACGUUAAAUUAUCCAUUGAGAGCAGCAUUAUGAACGUAAACGUUCUAUAGCAGAAAUGACAUAAAUUACAAUGUGACAGCAGUAAACUUUACUUCAGUUUCUGAUUUCAACACUAGUUUCUGUUUUCAAAGCGAUUCAGUUGACUUAUACGGGACGAACUAAACUAUAACUGACAAAGGACCGUUUGAGACAUUCUAUUUUUGCGUAACUCGUAAAAACCCCUGGGGUAAAGUUGUUGCUUCUUUUUUGUCAGCUGUGCCAAGCGUCAUCCAUCGUACAGCUAGCUCUGGUUCUGUUGUAUUUGCGAAAGUGGCAAGUCAGAAAUCUGUGCAGCGUGAUCGUAUAAAGAUUAUUACGGUUCAAAAGACAAGAAGUGGCGACCUUCUGAAAUGGGUAUCCUCUCAGUCCUUUUGUGAAAGGUUAACAGUACUUCUGACAUAAGAUGUAGCUUUUGGAACUGAAAUCAGAUUACAGGUACCUUUGAAAUCAUCAUAUUGGGUGUCAAGUUAUAUUUUCUACUGCGAAAAUACAGUAAAUAUCAUAAAAGUUAAUAUCUCACGCCAACCAGCGAGUCAAGUUGCAAGAAGCAUAUCGAUUCUUGGCAUUGGUACUGUGUGUCUUUGAACACAAUGAAUGGACUGAGAGACAGUGUCAAAGUAUCGGAGUAUAUGUGUAUGCUGAUAUUUGUGAGUAUCUUGAUUUAGGUUUGACAGCCAGUCAUAACCACAGUAGACCCCUCCUUCGAAGAUGCCACCUGGAUCCUACAAAACGCUUCUUUAGAGUGUGCUUCUUUUAGAUGUGAAACUCGUGCAGGACUUUGCAUGGCGCUGAAAAAAAUUGUCUCAAAGCGGAACCAGAUUAAACUACAAAAGUACAUGUAUUACAAUAGACUGUCCAAGUUGAAAAUCUCGAUAGAUUGUCAUCAGAUUCUUAAUUAAGAUAUGGUUGAGCUUCGUGUUAAUGUCCAAUUACAAUGUUUACCAGAUUGUUGUGAUUUUUUUAGUUAAGAUAUAUCAACUAAGAAUCUUACAAUAAUCUUGUAACAAGUGCACAUAUUAUUCAUGUAUACAAAACAGGAUAAGAUCUUAUAAACUAUCGGGAUUUUUCGACCUCAGUGAUAAUUGUAUGUUAUACUGUAUAUACAUUCACUGUCCUUGUUACUGAUCAAAACGGUACGUCAACACCAGUAUGUUGAAAAAGCCAUCACAUAUGUUGCUGAUACACAUGUUACAUGUACUGUGGGUCUUUAAAAUGCUUUUGGAAGCAAGACGUGUUUAGUUUCAGAUGCGGUAACCCGAUGGUUAGGGCAAGCACUUCAAUCUUUAACUAUACAACUACUGAGUGAUAAAAUUUCUAAUGGAAACAUUUGCAAAAUAUAGUGUAUGCUCCGAGAUUUCUACAUUUUCUUCUCUUGCAACAUGCAUGUGACCAAUGAGUGUCAAGUUGAACUUCAGGUAACUCUCGGAUGAAAAUAUGAAAUUUCCACUUUGUGCCUUACUGGGAGAUAAUGCCCAAGAGGCUCAUCUGCUGGCCUUGGUGUUUUGAACUCUGCCCCACUUUGUUUCAGGAUCAGUGUUUGUAGUGUGUUUCUCUUCCAGUAGAGACUGGUAUCAGCUGGAUUUAGACGUUAGAUGAUUAAUCAUCUAACUAUACAUACAUUAAAGGGAUCGAAUGAGUCAUGAUACGAUAUACGUGUACAUUUAAGGGGAUAAGUCGAGAUAACAUCCACCACGAAAAAAACUAAGUCCUAGCAAGCAUCUUAAUUGAUAUGUUUCAGACAUGUUUUCAAAACAGAUAAGAAAUUUCGCAUAAUGCAUGAAAAUAACCUCAAAUAUCUCGUGUGGAUUAUUCGUACGACUAAUUCCCUUUAAAACGUAGACUUUUGUAAUUUGUGUCAACGUUGCGAGUCCUUGCUUCCGAACUUCACCAUUGAGCAGUCAUUUCACUCACACCUGUAACAACGUUUCUGCAUAUUUGGCGAAUGAAGAAGAGUAUGCAAAGAGUUAAAUGAACCGAACAAGACACAAAAACCGAUGGCGUCACAGCAACAAACAGAGAAAUUGUAUUGUUGGUAGUUGUACUGGAAGGCGCUAUUAGGUGGUCGGAGUAUUUUGCGUUCUUUGGGUAUUUGAUAUUAUCAGCUCAAUCCAUUGAUUUCUUUUUGGUGCAUGUCCUUCGAAAAGGUAUCCAAGAAAGCAUAUGGUACUUCAAGAAUAAUGAUAAAUAGAUGUUUAGAAAGAUGUUUGAUGAAUCAGACGAUCCACACAUCACCAAUGUUUGAACCUGUGGAUGGAGUAAAUAUCGUUGAACAUAAAGAUAUCAAAUGAGGGGCCGCUAUGUUUGAGAUUGUUUAUUUUGAAACCCUGUUACUUUAUAUUUGUUAAGUUUUUAGACUGAAUGAAUGGUUAAAUGAAUGCGAGAGAGUGUGAUUAUCCAGUUGACAUUUGUCGUACACAAAAUGUGAUGUUUCCUCUUAAAGGAGUCCCUUGUAAUUUUACUGACAUUAUUAACAAUUCCUUGGUUAUUUCUUUGCUAAUCGAUCUAAGUAUUAUGACCCCUUAAAUGAUUCCUAUAAAGUUGUAAGAACCAUGUGAGAAACAUCCUACUGAGAUUUAAUCUAAGAAUCUUAGCAACCUUACGUCCCUUAGUGCAUGUAGUUGGAUGUCUGGUGAAUGUGGGUGAAUGCUCGUGUGGGUGUUGUGCUGUUGUCUGAGAGUAGAACACGUUGCCGUUUACAACGGUAAUUUGAGAAUGACUAUGUACUUUCUUUGUGAGGGAGUGUUGCCUUAAGUUGAUCGUAUUUUCUUCAUCAAGCACACAAGUUCGGUAUAUACGGUGUUAGACAAAUUAUGUAGGCUUUUUUCUGGCCUACUCGGUUUACUGUUAAAGUGUUUGUUAUACAGGUGGUGUUUCUGUGUGUGUGAAUGGGUGGAUGACUUGUUAGGGCCUCUAUUAAAACGCUUGAGAUACGGGCAUUGAAAGCUCUGAUAGGAACCGAUUCCUGCACGACUGGAUGAAUCGAAACUGAGGUAUGUUGACUACACUGUGAUCAGAUAUCAUGGUUUUAUUCAGGCCCAGUCAGAUUUGUGAUGAGUUCUUUCGAUCGAAUGAGGCUAUUUAAUGAGACUGUAUGUGUUUAGGUAUGCAAGCUUACAUAUACGUUAUAAAGAUGUUAUUGAAUCACUGUGAGAGAUAUCCUCUUCUUCUUCAAGAGAUAUGAUCUGCCUUCCAACUCUGUCUACCUACAUCGCAAAACCAGUGCCGAUGUGAGAUUUUUAGUUGAUUUGAACUUCAUCUUUGGUAAAACCUGCAUUGAGCAGGUUUUCGUGGAGUCGUGAUGUUAUUUCAUACAUGUAUGUUCCGGUUUUGUAUAAAAGAGUUAUGAUUACAUUUGAUAUUUUAUUUAGUGUCUUACUGGUUGGUUAAUUUCGUUCGGCUUACACGACACCAAUGACAGUUGGUUUCAGUUUCUCAUUCAAGCAAGGCCUUAUCAUUGAGGAACAUCACAUAUACAUAAAUGCAUAUAACCGUUGUCGUGUGUUUUUUAUGGUGAGAAAACGUUGUUAACGCCUGUGUGAUUGGCAAGUGUGGCUGAUGCGACAAGAGAGGGGUGAAUUUUGUCAAUUUAAACGUGAGAAUGCCUUGAAUCUAGAUCAUGUACACGCAUGUAUGAAUUUUACGCAAGUUGUGUGCCUUGAGUCUCUGUAUGAUUGGCAACGGUUAUCUAACUCCAGUGUCCAUAAAAUAUGAUGAUAUUCUUUAGAAAUUGCAGAGCACUGAAUACAAUUUUGUGGUAUUAAUAAUCUACUACAAGCUGGAAGUAAAGCAAUCUAAGUAUGCGAAGCGUGAAUCGUGGGUGCUGUCGGAGUGGACAUAUAGCCGAUUGGAAAUGGAAAUAAAUCUCAAAAUAAACGAAUCUCCAGCUAGUCUUUUUGGUACCGAUCGCAGCAAUUCGUGAGUUUAUCAUGUUAACAUAUCCGUCGUUCAAAUCACUCAUGGCAUUCGUUGAUUGCUUCCCGACCAAUUCUAUGUUUUUGUCCACUUCGUUGUUACUUGAGAAGUGUUUGUUGUGCAAGAGAGUGACAGUGAUCUGCAUAGUUCGUGUUUUGGAAUGAUGGAAUGUUGAAAGGAUGUUGCGUAUGUUCCAUCGUUAUGAAUGUACGCGUGAAGGUGUGAAAUAAUCGUUCAGGAAAUUAGAAUAUAGCAUGACGAAAAUAUUGACCUGCACUUUACAUGAUGGUAUGCGGGAUGAUUAUAUCAAAAUUUCUCGAUGCGCCUAAAGUACGCCGGGUUACAUAAUAAUUGUUGUUGGAUUAAAGUUUUCCGUCCGAAUUUACCGUCCAUUCACAGGUUCGACAUGAUUUCUAUUAUGCAUGGUUCUUUGAAGAACCAUUUUAAAGAGUGUACCUUCUGGGAGAACAUACCGUAUUUCUAACAACGGAAAAAAAUGUAUCAGCAUCGCAAUCAAGCGCUAAAAAGGCGCGAAGGCCAUUUGAAAGUACUGUAGUACGGAACCGGUAUAUACCGGCAUUUUUACGAUACAGCCGCCAGAUGCACCAUUGCAUGAAAAGGAAUAGAUAUAUGAGGCACUAAUGUGAUCCCCGCGUCAUCAUCCAAUGGCCAAAGAACUAAAAAUUUGGAAACAAACUUCCCACUUAGACUUGUUUAAUUCCUGGUAUCGAUCACCAUAUCAAUUUUGAGUGAAAUAAAAUUUUACCCAAUGUGUCUGAUUUAGUUUUAAUUGAUGGAUUGGAAUUGUAGAACUGAAAGUGCUGCUAUAGAAUUCACACCCCAGCUUUACUAAUAAAUUGUUGUAGUGCUCUAGUUCUCUUGGCUUUGAGACAGUAUCGAGGAUUUUUAGGAGAAUUUUGGCCGAUGUACAUGAAUGAACGAAUUAAUACGAAAAUCGAUGUUUACAUAUCAAGUUGUAUUCAUUCGGUCGUUUGAAAAAUAUCAACAAAUCAACGCAGUGGGGGAAGGGGGAUGAAAAUGAGUUCACGAUAUUCGGCUGCUUUUUGUGUCCAUAAUGUACCUUUGUCAUGAUACGACGCCAAGGUCUCUGAUACGGUCACAAGCACUUAUAGAAUGCGGUGUUAAAGCUGACAUGCGUGCAUCAUAAAAAGUCCAGUGGCCAAAUUAGAAAACACAAGCGCCCGUCAGCCAUGUUUCAAACGCCUCUAAUAUCAAAAACGGCGGCAGUCUGCAGUGGCGCUGCCGUAUUUACCAGGAAAGAUAUGUUCACUCGCAAUGGCUUCGUGGCAGAGUUGGUAGGACGGCUUUGAUCAAGUCCCGAAAGUCCCUAGUUCGAACCCGCUGUCGGCAUAUUUUUCACUUUUUUUCUCUUUACCACGAGAGCCCCUCUUGCACUGCAACUUGUCUCGUCAGUGAAUUUGUUUGUGCGGUCAACCAAGGUCAGUUAGUCGUUUGUUGGAAGGGCGUUUUUUUAUUUCCAACUUGGCCGUUGGGAGUUUAAUGCAUGCAUCUCGGCUAAAAAGGUUCUAAAACGGUAUACAACUGUCAUUUCGAGUGGACCUUAGAUGAGCGUAAAAGCUCCUUUUGCAUCCCUGAGAAAAAAUAAUUCUUGAUAUCGAGGGAAUGAUGUGAAUAAACUUUUACAGAGUACAAAUGUACAAUGGUUUUGAAUAUGAUAACCUUCAAGGAGAUGGCAGUUGCAUGGUGUUAUGAAUCGAAUCCGUUAAGCCACAAUUCUGUAAACGGGGUUUGAGCGAAUAGAAUCGGCCCUAGAAGUCAAUGGCAUCACACACACCAAUUUAUAACUGUAUAUACAUGUACCUUCAUUUUUACCUUUUGUAUAUACUCUUGUCAACUAGCAACAUCAUUAGUCACGGGCAUAGCCAAUCAUCAUGUUCAUGAAGCCAGAUUUUAUUUUGCCACGCGAGUCAUGUGUUUAUAAACUGGUGUCCAGUCAUUGACGUUCAGCCUACUGUGGUCGGCUCAUGUCUUAUGUACGGUGAGGGGAUCAGUAUUAAAACAUAUUUGUACGGAUUUGUCACUAUGAGCAACAAGAAGGGAGCAUGUGUGGAAAACGGUUUAUCAUGCAUUCAUAACAGAUCCAUUUGGCAUCUAUUAGGCCAAAUAACGGGAUCCAGUUUAGUCCCUAGCAAAACGUACUUGGGUUUUGUUUAAAUCAUCCUUCCGCCAAUAUGUACAAGGGACAACUUGAUUACCCGUUUAUAAUUAUGGCAACAUGACUUGGUUCAUAAAGGAAAAUGUCCGUUUAAAAUAGCCAUUCCGUCUCACUCUGAUAGGGUCCUAGUGUCGCUGUACCUAAGAAAUGACAGGCCACGGCGUCGUGUAUUCAAUCGUCAUUCCCCGGCCAGUCUUGCCUGCAAAUCUCUCUCACUGUAUUGCAAUGUCACUUAGCAUAAGAUAAUGUAAAUUAUUAUACAAAUACUGAUGUAUUCAAAAUGAGGUCUUACAUAUAUGGCAGAUUUUGAUGUACAAAAUAUGCAUUGUACAAUAGAAAAUCUAAUAAAGAAACACCCAAAUCACCUUUACAUAA